UCAUCAUGACCGGUUCCACGUUUCAACAAGGCAGCAGCAGGCCUCUCGAAGAUUAUUUAGAUUGGAGGGGCUUUGCAAUUGUAAAUCAAUCUUACUCCAAUAUAUAAGUGGCAGGUUCUGUCACUCUAUCCCCUUUCCCUCUGCUCUGCUCUUCCCCCGUCCCCUCUAGUCUCGUCCACGCUCCACCCUGCAACUCCGAUCUGCUGCUGCUCCUCCGAUCCUCCCGGAGCCGGACUGUUCAGGCUAGAGGCUCCUUAGUGAAAGGUGAGCUCAGAUAUAUGGCCUUCAAGACUCUGCAAGUUCCAUCUAGUUUAGCAAGGCCAAACACCUAUAGUUUCAGUUCCUCCCAGGCUUUUUAUCAGCCAAAACCUGCAUCAAGACCACAAGCAAGAGUCCCGGCGGAGAAUCACCUCAAGAGACCAUCAGUCCUGAAAUGCAGAGCCAAUCUGCAUCGCUGCGUAGAUGAGGUUGUCCAACCCCAGCUGGAUCAUCAUGCUACUGAAAUUCCCAUAGUUCAUUAUCCAUCUGUUGUUUUCCCUGGCGAGACCCUGCAGCUGCAGACGUUUGAGUUCAGAUACCGCAUCAUGAUGCACACACUGCUCCAGGAAAGCCUCACCUUCGGUAUCAUCUACUCCGGCAGGAAAGGCAGUAGGAUGGACGAUAUUGGAUGCAUGGUCCAUGUGGUUGAGUGCGAGAAGCUCGUGGACGACCGGUUCUUCCUGACUUGUGUAGGUGGAGACCGCUUCCGAGUGUUGGAAGUUGUCAGAACAAAGCCCUACGUGAUCGCAAGGAUCCAGGUAUUCACCGACAGAUGCUCACCCAAUCCAGGGCAUCAGGUUGACCUGGGAUACCUGAUGCAGCAAGUGGAAAGGCACCUUAAGAAUGUGACAAUGCUCUCUGAAAAACUCAACUGGAAACCAAGGGGAGAUUAUCAGGCUGGGAAGGUCAGCAGCAUGCACAGCCCGGAGUCUUUCUCCUUCACCGUCGCCCGAUUGUUCGUCGAAGAUCGUUCCGAGCAGCAAUGGUUGCUGCGGUUGGACGACACGGCGCAGCGAUUGGUGCGAGAAGGGCGGUACCUGGAGCAAAGGAGCAAGUACCUGGCGGCCAUAGCAGCGAUAAGGGACGCCUUUCGGCACCUGUCCUGCAACGAGAAGUAGCAACAGACCUUGUGCAUUGGAGAGCUGAACAACUAGUCUCUACUAGUUAUAGAGGAGAAGAAAUCGAGGAGAUGUGGCAAUUAAGAGUUGUCAAUAGCUAGUCAGACUCUCCUAGCCAUAGGUUUCUCAUUUCUCCUUCGGGUUGCGACUUUGUUUGUAUCGUGGUGUAUAUAUUGUACAUUGUUGGUUGUCCGUUUCGUGGCGAAACUUUGCUACUAGAUGUACUCACAUAUGUCAAUGUGUAAAGGCACUAUCGUCAA